CCACGCUGCCCACGCCCCCGCUGCGUCUCCAUCUUCCCAUCCAUCGCAUCACACCCAGCACCUCCAUCCCACACCUCGCCCUCCUCGCGGCACCCACUCUCAGAGCGCACGCCCGCGCUCCUCGCCGGCGCACUCCGUCGUCUGCGAAGCGUGUCCGCGUCGCGCUCCCGACUCUCCAUCCGCCUGCUCCACGCCGCACGCGCACCUCAGCGCCGCGCGCGCAAGCCCUCCGCCCCGUCCUUUGUGCGCUCGCCAUCGCUCCAGGCCCGCGCGCGGCUCGCUGCCGUCGCCGCCACUCCUCCGCACACCACUGCUGCGGCUGCGGCGGCCACCAGCAUCCCUAUCGCACCACGCACCACGCCGCGCGCGCGCCCGCCAUGUCCAAGCUGCCGCCGCAGUCGCUGUGGAGCCGCGCCGCGAGCAAGCCGGCGCCGCGCCUGCGCACUGCCCUCGCGGCGCACCAUGCCGCCACGCGCCAUGCAAGUGCGGCAUCGAGCGUCGCCUUCAUGCCCAGCGGCGGCAGCGCGCCGCUGCUGCUCAUGCCCAGCGACGUGCCCGACGUGCCCGGCGCCGUGCUGGCGCCGUACUGCGGGCCGCAGCCGCUGGCCGUCGUCGAGGCCUGGGAGCGCGGACAGCUCGUGCUGAGCAGCAACAGUGGCACCAGCCAAAGCAGCGUGGCGUCCGGCAGCAACGUCGCCAGCACGAGCGGCAGUAGCAGCAGUGCAGCAGUGGUGCAGCUCCACGUCAAUCCGCGCGCCUCGGCUGCACUGCUGGCGCCCAUCCCGAUGCGCCGCUACUUCUCCACCUCCUUCGCCGCCGCAUCGCACGGCGGCAUCAGCACAAGCAGCGGCGCCGCGCCUGUGCCGCUGCCCACCGCAGCGAGCGGCAAGCGCGCGGUACGCACCAGCGAGGCCUCGUCCGGCGGCUUCCUCGAGCCUGCGCCGCUUGCCGGCCGGCCGGGCACCAUGGACACGCUGCACAUUCGUCUCGCCGAGCUGGCUGUCGGCUCAACGCGCAGCGGCCACCGCAGCGGCGGUGCCGGUGGCUCCGGCUGGAGCUACGGCGGCUCGACGGCCAUGGGUGCUGCGCGGCUGUCCGCCGCACUGCCGCCCGAGGUCGCCACGGUCAUCGGGCAGGACAUCGUGGCUGCGCCAUCGUCUGGCUCCUCAUCCACCGCCAGCUCGCCCAACUUGACGCCACCCGCCUCGCCGGGCCCACAGCAGGCACUGCAGGCGCGCAGCGAGUCGCUGCCGAGCAGCAGCACGCAGCCGCCCACGGGCCGUGCCACGCUUGAUGCGCUCGCAUCGCGUGCUGCCUUAUCAACAUCACCGCCGCCCGGCGUGUCAGCGCCCGUCUCCUCGGACGCGCCGCUCACGCUGCCGUCGGACUGGGAGGGGCAGUUCCGUGCGCCGCGCUCACAGCGCCACGCCUACACUUUCGAGCACGGCGCUUUUGGCAUUCCCAAGCGGCAUCCGCUCUCCUCCGUGCGCACGCGUCGGCCCAACUCCGAGCCUGCACCCGCGCCUGCGCCGCGCAGUCGGCUGGCGCAGGCCGCCGACUUCCUCACGGGCGCUGCGCCGCCCGCGCAGGGACCUGGGCCGAUCGACGGCGAAGAGGCACGGCGUGCGGCGCUCAGCGGCGGCAGUACGGCCGAAGGCAAGGAGGCCUUUCUCUCCACCGCCGACGUCGAGGCAGACGUGGCGCAGCUGGCUGACGGCAAGGAGCUGCUGCUGCGCAAGAGCCGCAUCCGCGAUGCCUCGGGCCAGAUCGUGCGUGAGCGGCUGCGCAGCGUGCAGGUCGGCGAGGAUGCGUACUUCCUGCGGCCGGACUCGCUCGGCGUGGCUGACGGCGUCGGCGGAUGGGCGUCGCGGCCUGGCGCUGAUCCGGCGCUCUUCUCGCGCCUGCUGAUGCACUUCUGUGCCGUCGAGCUGUCGCGCUACGACCAGCUCUCGGCCGCCGAGCUCGAUGCCAACGACGGCUCUCUGCUAGCGGCGUGGUCGGCCGUGGACCCUGUCGAGGUGAUGCACCAUGCCUGGGAGCGCUGCGUUCGUGCUUCGCGGCGCGAGGGCAUUCUCGGCUCCUCGACGGCGCUCAUUGCGCUGCUGCGAGGCGACGAGCUGCGCAUUGCAAACGUAGGCGACUGCGUCUUGCUCAUCAUCCGUGCUGGCGACUUGCUCUUCCGCUCCGAAGAGCAGCAGCACUCCUUCAACUUUCCCGUGCAGCUCGGCAUGAUGGGCGAGACGGCCGCCUCGAUGGACCGCCGGCGCCGCGAGGGCAAGAAGAAUGCGGCGCGCGAAGGCGCCGUCGGCACGUCGGACGAGGAGGACUACGACGAGCUGGAGAGCGUCCCGCGUCGUGCGCGGCCCGAGCCGGCACGCGCUGGCCUCGACGUCGGCAGCGCUGGCGCCGCAGCGGCCGAGGGCGAGGAGGAUGCGGGCGAGGAGUGGGACGAGCCGCGUCGCGAUGCCGGGCGCUACACGGUCAAGGUGCAGCGCGGCGACAUCAUCGUCGUGGGCUCCGACGGGCUGAUGGACAACUUGUUCGACGAGGACAUCCUCGAGGAGGUGCUGCGCUUUGCGCCGUGGCCGCCGCGCUCCAACACCUCGUCGCCCGACGCCUCCGGCUCAUCGCCAUCCCGCGGCGCGCAGCAGGCGCCCGAGCCACUGCCGAGCGACUUUAGCCCGCAGCUCGUCAGCGAGGCUCUCUGCUCGCGCGCCAAGGCCGUCUCCGAGGACAGCCGCGCCGUUAGCUCGCCAUUCCAGCAGCGUGCUGUCGAAGAAGGCCUGCACUACGUCGGCGGCAAGCACGACGACAUCAGCGUGCUCGUCGCCGUCAUCGGCGAGCGCCGCAACGAGGCCGACGUCCCGGUGCCCAGCCUCACCUCUGCCACCGCCAAGGCAUGAUGCCUCUGGCGUGUGACUCUCGCCUCGCCUCACCGCAAGCCUCGCCUUCCUCUGCCGCUCUCUCCCGGCUCCAAACACUGAUGACCACUCUCUCACGUCCCGCACACACACACACACUGCUCCCACGGUUACCUCUCUCCCGCUGACACCCUCCAUCGCCCGCGUCCUUGUUGCUCCACCUUGUCUCGCGUUCCCCUACACCUGCGCUACCCGACCCCGUUCCCGCGCCUGCGGCCUGUACGAAUAGAGCGACCCUCAGAUCUCAAACGAGGCAUGUGCAUCACG